AUGCCCCUCCGCCUUACUCACGCGUCUCAGCCAACCAGGAAAGGGCUUCCCAGCCCACAGCAGCUCACCCCACCUCACGCCACCCCAGUUCACCACACGCCAGUUCAUCACACCCCACCUCAUUCCAUCCGACCCCAUUUCACCCCAACUUCACCUCACUUCAGAUCACCCCACCCAAUCUCACACCACUCAACCUCACCCAACCUCAUAUCACCCCACUCCCCCAGUUCCACCCCACCCACCCGACCCUACCUCACCCCGUCCUCACCUCACCUUAUCUCUCCCCACAUUUCCCCACCUCACCUCACCCCAGAUCACCCCACCUUAGCCCAAGCUCACCCCGGCUUACCCACCCGAUCCCCAGCUCACCCCACCCAACCCCACCCAAAACCCCAACCAAGUCACCCUACCUCAUCUCACCUCACCCUACCUUACCUCACCCCAGCUCACCCCACCAACCACAAAGGAGCAUAA